AUUACCACCACUCCACACACACACACCACCACCACUCCAUCCCUUCCUUCCUCUCAACCCACUCUCCAUAUGCAAGCAAACUAUUAAGCAUCCAUCACCAACCUUCCUCCUUCCACCACCUUGUAUUCUCCUCCCUCCCUCCCCUCUCCUUGUUUCUCACGUCGCUCCCACGCCCAUCGAUCCAUGGGGGAGGACGCCGGCGAUGGCUACGGCACGCCACCGGCCGCGCUUGCGGCCAUCGUCGUCAAGGGCAAGCGCAGCAAGCGGCGCCGCGUGCACGCCGCGGUGAUCGCGGCCGCCGAGGCCGAGGUGACCGCGGUCACCACGGCCAGCGCCGCGGGAGAGGUGGCGUCGUCCUCCUCCUCGGUGGCGGAAGGUGGCGGGUGGAGGUCUGGCGCGGACGAGGCGGCCUCCGGGUGCAUCACCGAGGAGGAGGAGGACAUGGCGCUCUGCCUCAUGCUCCUCGCGCGCGGCGGUGGCGGCCAGGGAAGCCGGGCCGGGCCGUCGUCCUCCUCCUCGUCGGUGGUGGUGAGGGACGACGUCGCGGAGUCCACGGCCGGGGCGGUGGCCACGGCGAGGGAGGGCAAGUUCCGGAGCCGGCGCCCGGCGGACGGCGGCGAGGGGGAGUUCGUGUACGAGUGCCGGACGUGCGGCAAGUGCUUCCCGUCCUUCCAGGCGCUCGGCGGGCACCGCACCAGCCACAAGAAGCCGCGCCUCCCGCUGCCGCUCCCGCCCACCACGGCGACGGCGACGUCGUGCGAGGAGAAGAUGAAGCUGCCGACGCAGGCCGCCGAGGAGAAGACGCCACCGCCACUGUCGCCGUCGCCGGCCGCUGCCGUCGAUCGGACGGUGCUGGCGAUCCCGGUUCCGGCUACGCCGCCCAAGCAAGAAGCUACGGCGAUCGGCGGGUCAAAGCAGCAGCAGCAGGGGCAGGGGAGGGUGCACGAGUGCUCCAUCUGCGGCGCGGAGUUCGGGUCCGGGCAGGCGCUGGGCGGGCACAUGCGGCGCCACCGCCCGCUGCUGCCGGCGUCGGCGUCCGUCUCUUCCACGGACGACGUGGCGGCGGUGCUGGUGAUCAGGAAGGAGAAGAGCCUCCUGGAGCUGGAUCUCAACAUGCCGGCGCCCUGCGACGACGCGGCCGCCACCGAGGCUAUCUCGCCAUCGUCCUUCUCCUUUGGCGUGAAGGAGCGGCCGUCUGUGCCGGCGGCGCUGCUGCCGUUCCGGGCGCCGGCGUCGGCCCUGGUGGACUGCCAUUUCUAGCCGGCGAUCAACGCACAGACAGACAGUAAUUAGGUCCUCUGUUUCUCAUUCCUUUUUUUUUUCAAAAAGAGGGGCUUCCCCGGCCUCUGCAUCAGACAAUUCCUUGCACACAACACAUAUACACAUUUACGUACAUAGUAGUACAUGCCUUGCUGUGAUCUGAAACCAUACAUAUUCUUUCUUCUUCCUUUUACCAUUUGUUCUGUUCAAAAAUUGAUUGAUUAUUGAUGAUGAUUGGAAACUGUAAAAUUUGUUGGGUCUGGAAUUUGACAUUGUUAUGUGAUUAAUACAUUCAUUAUAUUGAUUGAUUGAUUCACUCA